UAUUUUUGUCUUCUAGGGAAACGUGAUCCAGCUGGUGACCUGCAGGUCAAGUCAAACCUGUGGGGCACUUGUUAACUGUUACCUUCUCUUUGGAGGAAACCAAGAAGGGGUUUCCACUGCGUAUGCUGCCAUAGUAACUGAAUGCUUUCUGUUGUGCAUAGUGUGUGUCUGCGGUCUGAGGCAGUUUGUGUUGGUGCAAAGGAGAAACAAAGCCAUUCUUCUGCUCUAUAUAUGUGGCAUGCUGCUAAGCCUGGAAGCUGUGACUUCUCUUUCUCUGUGAUUGCUGUAUCUGUCAUCCAACUGUGUAGCCAUGGACUGCAGCUCAUGAAAUGCCUGCCUUAGAUGUCAAGCUGAAAACAAACAAGAAGAUUGUGUUGUGGUUUGGGGAGAAUGCAAUCAUUCCUUCCACAAUUGCUGCAUGUCGUUGUGGGUGAAACAGAAUAAUCGUUGUCCCCUCUGCCAGCAGGACUGGGUAGUCCAGAGAAUAGGCAAAUGAAAACACCCCAAGUUUUCUGUUGGACUCGUGGGAGUUGUGUGUAUCUUACGCCACGCGCUCAUACAGAAGAGUGGAACGUCUCAAUCAUGGCAUGAUGUAUUCAGUUUAUCUGCUAUAGGGAACAGUGUGGUUUUGCUGUGUGCUCUUUGCUGUACUGGGAAGCAGUGGUGAGUCUUAUUGCAGGUAUUUCCACAGGUGAAGAAAGAGAGGCACUGCAUUAAUAAAUGUGUCUGUUAAGAUUUGAGUGCUAACUAUAUCAAGAGCAUGUGGUGGUGCAGAUUAUAUGCCAAAUACAGUUCAUGUAAUGUUUCUACUUAGAGCAAUGAAUUAAUUUGAAAAGGAGACCUUUCUAUUAAAUCCGAUAUGCUGUAUAAUUUAGUGUCUGAUAAAUUAUUUUUGUUUUGGAUAAAUACUUUGUUUUCUAAAUAAUACUGUAUACAAAAACACAAGUGUUUUAGUAACUAUUUUGUUUUUUAAUCUAAAAUGAGUAGUUUGUGGACAACACUAGCAUUCUCAUGUAGGCUUUCUUUAUGGCUUAAGAAAAUUAGUUGCAUCUCUGAAGUCUGUUGCUGUUUAAUAUUCUACAUGUUUUCUGCAGUCGUACUUACUAAAAUUUAACCACAUCUAUGAUUUAAAUUUAUGUUUCUUUUAAAGUUCAUGGACACAAGUACUUCUAAUCCAGAAAUUUUUGGUAUGGAGACACACACUGGAUAUCAAUUUAGUCGUGUUGUAAACCGUGUUGCUGGUUAGCUGUCUAAUAUGGAAAACAAAAACAACCAUUUUAAUGUCCCAAGGAAAGCAGGUACCAAUUAAAUCUAGGAAAAUAAUGUUAAAUUGUGCUUUCACCAGAAUUCAUUUACAGAAAUUUCUUCAUUGUUAUUUUAUUGGAUUACAUGUUUGGUUUGGGAUGUAAGAGAAAGUAUUGUUUCACUGCUGUGGAAAUCCUCAAUAUAUCAUUUUUUUAAUAGGAUCAGACCUGUGAUUUUUCCUGUGCGCAUUUAAGUGCUUUACCCUCAAUAUCUGAAGUAAUUACUAUUAAUCUGAACGUAUGUUUUGUUGGUUUUUUAAAUAUAUGUAUGUAACAGAGAGAUUGAGUUACUGUUUCUAAGUCUGUAACGAAUUCAGACUUAAUAAAAUGGCUAAUAAACUCGGGUGGAAUUCUUUUUUAUUCUUUUUUACUUAAAUUGAGAUUAAUUAAUAACAUUUAAGAUUAAUUUGUUUCUCGCAGAUGUAUUUCUAUUUAGUUCUGCUUGAGUACAUUUAAAGAGAAUGAUCUCCAUUGUAUAAAGUAGUUCCAAUGGCAGUCUUUGAUUUUUGUCACCCACUUCCGUGCGGAUUGGUUGUAAUUCUAAAAUGUUUUGUAUGUUUUAAAUACGGCUAUUGCAUUACUGCCAGUGUGUCACACUCGUUGUUGCCAUCUCAGGAGAUGUCUUUCCUAACAUUUAAAUAGCAGUAGUAAUGAAGUGCCUACAGCGUUUGCGUUGUUGUGGAGUAUUUUGUCUUCAUCUUUUCUAUUUCUGUAAAGACGUUCUUCCUAAAAUAAUAUCUUCUUACAUACGGAAAUAAUUUACUACUUGUUUUUCUCUGCCAGAAUUUGGUCACAGGUUCCAUCCCCUAAAAUAUCUUCACUUUUUUCUAAUCCCACCAGAGAACUUUUUCCUUCAUUUUACUUGGAUUUAUGGGACCAUAUGGACAACAGCAGAGUAAUUUUCACCCUGCUUUCUGUUCACGUGUCACAUACGUGUCACUAAUAGCUGAGAAUCAUAAUUGCAGAAGAAUCUGCUUAAUACUGUUCUCCUCUGUUUAAUAAAUGCUGGGUAGAUUUGGACAAUUUCAGCAAAUCUAGCUGGAGUCUUCUCAGGAGUGACUGGAAUAACAAAUACGUGUGCAAAGAUGAUAUUGUUUCACUUUGAUGUUUUUUUAAGUGACUUUGUUUUACAGAAACAUUGUAUGUUGCUGUGUACGUUCUAUAGAAAUCAAGAAAGAUUCUAAUUAAUAGAGCAGAAUUCUUUUUGAAGCUGUAAAUGUGCCUUUCUUGUGCAGGUAGCAUAAACAUUGUGUGUUUUCUUGAUUUGCUUUGAUGUGGUCAGUUGCUGGUGUGGGCUGAAGUUCAGCCCGGUUACCAGUCGUACAACUUGUCUGAGUUUGGGCAAAGGUGGCAUUUUGCUAAAGACCCUGCUGAAGUUUAGGACCUGAAAUUAAAGGUGUUUUUUUUUUUUUUCCUACCUCCUUUCUUUUUGGUUCUGAGGCUAUUACAAACGUGUUGCUGUGGACACCUUUUUCAGAACAAUCACUCACUGAAUUUGAUAUUAUUUCCUCUAUUUUUUUUCAGUCUUCCUUGCUCUGCUAGUUGCAUUAUUCAGCCCUUUAUGUAACCUGCUCCUGCCCCAUGCACGCAUUCAACUGGCAGAAUUAGACAUGCUAAGCAAGCAAGGGUGUCGAAUACUCUGCUGUGGAGUACACAGCUUUCUCACACGUGUAGUUUGCAAUGGAUGAUUCUUUCAACCACACACAGAAAAGCACUCACUUCUAUAAUGCCAUUUUGUAGAGAAUAAGCAUGAAUUACGUGUCAAAUGGAUUCAACACAGACAGGAUUAAGCAGAUAAAAGCAAAUUUAUACUUGUAUAGUAGAGUGACUGAAAGCAGCCAAGAAGGGCUUACCAGUUUUUGUAAUAAUUUUGAGAAGUGCUUGUUGUUACUUGAUGUUAAGUAUCUGGGAUUCAACCCUUCAACUUUCUCCAGUCACAAAAGUGGAAAGAAAAAAGAAGAAAAGGAAACUCUUUGAGUAGUUUCUCCUCAGUUCUGCUGGAAAAAUCGUGGAAUUGCUUCACCUGUUCCUGUAAUACUUAUGUCUAAAAACUGUUUUCAGAAACCGAAUCACAAGACUCCACAGCAGAAGAGGGACUAACAGAUGCCAUACAGGAAUUUUUUCUUUCAGAUAAAGAUGGGGCAUAGACUUCCUGGUGGGUAACCCAGUGAGCGUAGUCCAGUGGAUUUUGGCUUCACUUGGUUAUAAUCAGCUUUGUGCUUUUGUUGAUGCUGCCUCAGCCAUGCACUACUGCCACCUUGUCUCCUUGUCAUACUGCCACUUGUCAUCAUAAGACAAGCUCAGCAGGAAAGUAAAGAGAGGCCACAGUAUCAUAUGGAAUGUCUUGGCAAGAUUUGGCCAGUCAUUUGAAGUGUGUUUUUCCUUUUUCUGUGGAUAGGAAAUGAGCUCACAACUCCAUGCUGCUUCAUAUGUAGGGAUCAUUAUUUUUAGAGCAGCGGCAGAUCUGAGCCUCUGCAUGUAAUCCGCUUUCUGUUCCUUCAGAUGGAGUGGCAUGAGGCAUCAAGGUCUGCAGGAAUAUCUGUGGAGCUCAGAGUUAUUGCUGUUGAGUGUAACUUGAAUUUGGAAGUGAGGCAGCUCAAAGCUCUGAAUGGUAUGAAAAUUAGAAGCUCAGGGACUGAUAGCAUUCAGUAUGUCAAGAGCAAGGGUGGCAAGAGGCUUCUCUUGACUGUGUUUGGUGUGCCUCUGGGUUUGGACUGUGCAGUUUGUGUUACAAAUGGCAAUAAUUGCAUGUUCUCAGCAGCCAGCAUGUGCCUACAGAGGGGAUUGUGGUACAUCUAUCAGGGUCCAUUCUGUGAAACAGCAGCUGAACUGAGUCUGUUUGGUGCCGCCAGUGAGAUGGUUUGUGUAGGGUGUCAUCCUUCAGCUAUAGAUAGCAAACUCAAGCUCCUUACAGAGAAACCUCUUACCAGUCACUUUCCACAAAUGGUGCGUGUACCUAAAGGUACUUAGUGAAAAUCCUUGAGAGGUAUUUAAUGCAAAAGCAGUUAGUCUCUCUGGUGCAUUUGAGAAACGUGCACACGCCACUAGCAGGAAGGAGUGCAGGGCAGCCACAGCUCAGCUCUUGGGCCAGUGACUGAUUUUGUCUAGCCAGGCUCUGCCACCCCAAGAGCUUGCCAAGAUGUGUGACAUGGGGGGGCUCGACAACCUGAUUGCCAACACAGCCUAUCUGCAGGCCAGGAAGAGUGGAGAAGGAGACACCAAGGAGAUGCAGAAGAGACGUAAGAGCCUCUCACUGCCCAAGAUUGAUCAGUGUGGAGAGGUUAGGCAGUCCAUUGCUGCUGACUACGAGAGCAUCUGUGAACAGCAGCCCAUUGGCAAGAGAUUCUUCAGAGACUUCUUAGAGACAGUUCCAGAAAAUUUGGUAGCUAGGGAUUUCUUGGAUGAGGUGUCAAACUGGGAGUUGGCAGAGGACAACAUCAAGAGCAGUACCAUGGAGAAUAUUAUCACCAACUUUCUUAAGACAGGCUCCAAAAGUUAUUUGUCUUUCAUGAGCUCUGACUUGGUCAGCAAAUGCCAGGCAGCCACUGAGAAAGACUAUGAGAAUGUUAUACAGCUGGCUAGAGAUGAAACCAAACUCUUCCUUCAAGGCAAGCCCUUCCAAGACUUCCAGACUAGCCCCUUCUACGACAAAUUCCUCCAAUGGAAAGUUUUUGAGAAGCAGCCAGUAACUGAUAAAUACUUCUAUGAGUUCCGAGUGCUGGGCAAAGGUGGCUUUGGAGAGGUUUGUGCCAUUCAGGUGAAAAAUACUGGCAAGAUGUAUGCCUGCAAAAAACUAGAUAAGAAAAGGUUGAAAAAGAAAAGUGGAGAGAAGAUGGCGCUACUGGAGAAAGAAAUCCUGGAGAAGGUCAACAGCCCUUUCAUAGUCACAUUAGCUUAUGCCUAUGAGAGCAAAACUCAUCUGUGUCUUGUCAUGAGCCUCAUGAAUGGAGGUGAUCUGAAAUAUCACAUCUACAAUGUAGGACAAAGGGGCUUAGAAUUGAACAGGGUCAUUUAUUACUCAGCGCAGAUCACCUGUGGGAUUCUGCAUCUUCAUUCCAUCAAGAUCAUUUACCGGGACAUGAAACCGGAAAACGUCCUCCUGGAUGAUAACGGAAACUGCAGACUGUCUGAUCUUGGAUUGGCAGUGCAAGUCAAAGAGGGAAAAUCCAUCACUCAGAGGGCUGGGACAAAUGGUUAUAUGGCUCCAGAAAUCCUGAAGGAAGAAAGUUACAGCUAUCCUGUGGACUGGUUUGCUAUGGGAUGUAGUAUUUAUGAGAUGAUUGCUGGGCGAACACCAUUCAAGAAUUUCAAAGAAAAGGUCGAUAAGGAUGAGGUUAAACGAAGAACUCUGGAAGAUGAAGUGAAAUUUGAACAUGCCAACUUUACAGAGGAAACAAAAGAUAUUUGCCGACUGUUUUUGGCUAAGAAACCAGAGAAUCGUUUAGGAAGCAGAAAUGAAGAUGACGACCCAAGAAAACAUAGCUUCUUCAAAACAAUAAAUUUCCACAGGCUAGAGGCAAACCUUAUUGACCCUCCAUUUGUGCCAGAUCCAUCAGUUGUCUAUGCCAAAGAUGUUGCAGACAUUGCUGAUUUCUCUGAAAUACGAGGAAUAGAGUUUGAUGACAAAGACAAGAAGUUCUUCAAAAAAUUUGCAACUGGUGCUGUCCCUAUACCCUGGCAGGAGGAAAUCAUUGAAACUGGACUGUUUGAAGAACUGAACGAUCCUAACAGAGUAGAUUCUGGCGGAUAUGCAAAUGGAGGUGAAGCUAAGUCAGGAGUUUGUUUGUUGUUGUAAAUAUCAGAUUGUUACCAAAAAGAUUAGAAUCAACCGCAGAACUUUCCAUAUUGUGACACUGCUUCAGAAAUUCAGUGCAUCUGUUUAAGAAGAACUAAUCAGUGUAAUAUGGCAUUGACAGGCUAUGUAGACCACAAGCUGUAUUGACCGUAUUAUUUUCCUUUGUCCUAGCAAGGGAGAUAAUACUUUUGUUUUACUGGAGACUUAAUCAAGGUGGACUGUAUUUCUCUAAGGAACUUAGAAUGAUAGAAAUUCUGAAAUACAAAAAGCAGUCAUAGAGAGAAGAGGCAUCUCCUUUGGAAUGUUACUGACUCUACUACUUUGAAUACAAUAAUUUAUUGACUUUCUGUCUAUUUUCUUGUCAUUUCUACUAAUGUUUCCUCUUUGUUCUACAGUUUUCAGGACAUACUUUUUAAUUUUCAGGUAAUAUUAGAACAUGGACUCAAAAAUGGUCAAACUUGGAUGCUUAUUGGUUAGCCAGUCUGUCUUGUUUUCCUAAUUUCUCUUAGAUUUUUGGUUGGUUUGAUUGUCAUUAAAUGUAAAAGAAGGCUUUACAGGUGGCUGUAAAGUGGGACCUUCAGGAUCAAAUUGUUUCAAAGCUGAUUUUAACAAAGUGUAGAGAAGAGUGCACCAAUUUAAUUGGAUAAAACAUUUAUUAAGCAUGUUAUGUAUUUAUAAGUGAAUAUCCAUUCUUUUUGACAAUCAAUUUCAACCUUUUAUUAGAUUUCCUGAUAAUAAUUCUGUAUUUUGCUGAUAAAUUAAACUACGAAUAGACUAAAGCAAUUUGUAACCGGAUCUCUACAAAAGAAAUGUAUUUUCAUAUAAUACAAACAUUCACUCACAAAUAUAGAAUAUAUAUAUCCGCGUUGACACCUUCAUCUUCAGCUGCUCAAUGAUUCUUAUGCAAGUUUUGAGGCAUCUUUUUGUUUUUUAAUUUUAUUACAAUCUACGUAGAAUUAAUUGGAAGCAUUUAAAUGAAUGCUUGCUAAUGUUGAAGUCUGUUAUUUGUGAACCACAUCUUAUUGUUUUCUUUGGUAAGAAGAUAAUAGGCGGUAGUGUUUUUCUAACAACUUCUAAAUUUGAUUAUGUAUGUUAUUUACUGUCAUCCAUCUUGCUAUAGUUUCCAUUGACUAAAGAGGAAUUAGAAACUGCUCUGUUUGAGUCCUAGAGGCUGCUAAUACUUUUUUCUAUUUUUCAUAGAGAAACGUCCUCCUCGGUUUCAACUAUCUAUUUUGUAUAGACACUGUGCUAUUCAGAAAGAGGGGUAACAAUAGAUAAGCUGUCUUCUAUAAUUAUAUCUGUUGUGCAAACAUAGCUUCUUUGAUUAUUAAUAAUUGAAUACCUCAUUCCAAAUGGUGCAAUAAAAAAAAUUCUUUAGUAUUAAAUAUUUCAAGUGCUUUAGUCUAAAUAGCUAAAUAAUGUGUUGGAAAUACUUUGUGUUGUUCUUCAUUUUCUAUAGAGAGGAUUAAGCUGAAAAAGAAUUGUUCCUUUCUUUCCUUUUAAAUUUGCUUUUCCAGUGUUUUAUAUUUAUAUUUUUCAAAUGAAAAAAAAAAAAAACAAACCACAUGAAAAAGAGUGUUAUUUAGCAUCAGUGGAUAAUUCUGUUCACGGAUUGUUGUGAAUCUGUCAUUGUCUGCCUUUGGGAGGGAGACUUUCUGUAAAAUGGUGUAAAAGGAAAUAAGCUGAAUUCUGACUUGGAGUUUUAAUUGAGAAGGAUGAUCCUGGAAGAUUGUGAAAAUCAUAGGAGGUUGAGAGGAGAGAGAGCCAUGUGGAUCUAUCAGGGUGGUCUUAAGCUAAAAUAUUUAUUAAUUUAAGAAACUCAGGCAGAAAAUUUGAUUAUGUAUACAUUUGAACAACAGCAGUGUUACUACAGCUAGGAGAGGCCUAAGAGUGCUAGUGGCGUAGAGCAUCAGGCUUGUGUCCUGAACUGCUUUCUGUCUCACAGCCAUACAGAUGCCACUUCACAACUUCUCUAAGGCCACAAACCAGCGCUCUGAAUUGGCCGUAGUUUUUCUAGCACAUAGAUGACUUUUUCAGUAUACAGAUGUUCCCAUAUGGAAAGAAGUUAUGUAUAGACAGAAUCAGAAUUUAAUGUGAUGUUAGUCGUAAAUCCUCUGUGAUACCAAAUGUUGCAAGUCUAUGGUUUUCAAA